ACCGAUGGAAUGCAUGCAAAUGACCAAAUUCGCCCUGGAAGUGAUUAUCCUGAAACGCUGUCAGAAGGCACGAAGAUUUUGAAGGGUGAAUAUGUCUUGAAAGCUAUACGACAAUGCAACAUGGAUCAGGGCAUAAUUUUUUGCCGUACAAAAUUGGACUGUGAUAAUCUAGAAACAUACAUGAAGCGCAAAGCACCAGUUAUUAAUGUAACGUUACCAGACGAAAAAACGAAUUAUUUACAUCGAAUUGGUCGUGUUGGUCGUGCUGAAAGAAUGGGUUUGGCAAUUUCAUUGGUUUCGGCACAUCAGGAAAAAGUUUGGUACCAUCAGUGCCCUUCGCGUGGUGUUAAUUGUCAUAAUACAGCUUUAACAACACAGCGUGGUUGUGCAAUAUGGUAUGAUGAAACAAAACUUCUGGAUGAAAUCGAAGAGCACUUGGGUGUAACAAUACAGCAGAUCGAUACUGAUUUUAUUGUGCCAGUUGAUGAAUUUGAUGGUAAAGUUGUAUACGGCGCGAAACGAGCAAAUACUGGAUCACUCUACGAGGGCCACGCUGUUCAGUUGUCUGGUGCGGUAGCCCAUCUCGCAGAUCUGGAACGUUCCUUGCAACUUUCAUAUUUGCGAAUGUUCAUGCCAGCCGAGAAAGCGAAAUAA